CCGGUAGCUUUCCCAUAUCAACCAGUAUCGACAAAAAUCAAGCAUCUUUUACAGCAUCAGAAUGUGUGGUAUAUGGGCCUUGUUUGGUAGUGAUGAGUGCUUAUCAGUUCAGUGCACCAAUGCCAUGAAAAUCGCUCAUCGCGGUCCAGACGCUUUCCGCUUUGAGAAUGUCAAUGGUUUUACCAACUGCUGCUUCGGGUUUCACCGCCUCGCUAUCGUGGACCAGCUGUACGGCAUGCAGCCUCUGCGAGUCAAGAAGUUCCCCUAUCUUUGGCUAUGUUACAACGGUGAAAUCUACAACCACAUCAGUCUGAAGAACCAGUUUGAGUUUGAGCAUCAGACUAAAGUCGAUGGCGAGAUCCUUCUGCACCUGUACGAGCGUUUUGGAAUCGAGAAGAUGGCCUCCAUGCUGGAUGGCGUGUUCGCCUUCAUCUUGUUGGACACUGCUAACAGGAAGGUUUUCUUGGGCAGGGACACAUACGGCGUGAGACCGCUGUUCAGACUGCUCACCGACGACGGCUUCCUAGCGGUCAGUUCUGAGGCCAAAGGUUUGCUAGAUGUCAAAACCUCCAUGUCCACUCCUCCAAAGAUCACGGCCUUCCUACCGGGACACUUUGAGGUGUUUGACUUGAAGCUCACUGGAAAAGUGCAGUCUGUUCAGAUGGAUCGCUUCCACUGCUGCACAGAAGAACCCAAACAUGCUGCCUAUAACACCCUGGAGGGUCUUGGCAAGGGCUUUGAACUGGAGACGGUCAAGAGCAACAUUAGGAUCCUGUUUGAAGAUGCGGUGAAGAAACGCUUGAUGGCUCACAGAAGAAUCGGCUGCCUGCUCUCGGGUGGUCUCGAUUCAAGUCUGGUUGCUGCUACACUAGUGAAACUGGCCAACGAAGAGCAUCUCCCGUAUCCCAUUCAGACCUUUUCCAUCGGUGCAGAAGACAGUCCAGAUGUUGCUGCUGCUCGCAAGGUGGCAGCACACAUUGGCAGUGAACACCAUGAAGUGAACUUCACACCUGAGGAAGGGAUCCGUGCGCUGGAGGAAGUCAUCGUUCACUUGGAGAGUUAUGACAUCACCACUGUGCGUGCUUCUGUCGGAAUGUACCUGAUAUCAAAGUACAUCCGUGAGAAGACAGACAGCGUUGUGAUUUUCUCAGGUGAAGGUUCGGAUGAACUGACACAAGGAUACAUCUACUUUCAUAAGGCGCCGUCACCUAAAGCAGCGGCAGAGGACAGUGUGCGUCUGCUGGAAGACCUUUAUCUGUUUGACGUGCUGAGAGCGGACCGAACCACAGCCGCACACGGACUGGAGUUGAGAGUGCCGUUCCUGGACCAUAGGUUCACCGCAUACUUCCUCUCUCUGCCUGAAGAGAUGAGAGUGCCUAAGGAUGGUGUGGAGAAGCAUCUCUUGAGGGAAUCGUUUAAAGGGUUGGACCUCAUCCCAGAUGAGAUCCUCUGGAGGAGGAAGGAGGCCUUCAGUGACGGGAUGACCUCCAUGAAGAAAUCCUGGUACGCCAGUCUGCAGGAGCACAUCGAGACUGAGGUGAAUGACUCUCAGUUGGAGAACGCUAAGACGCGGUUCCCUUUUAAUCCUCCCACAACCAAAGAGGGCUACUUCAUAAGGCAGAUCUUUGAGAAGCAUUACCCCGGCCGCUGCGAGUGGAUACCAUAUUACUGGAUGCCCCGCUGGAUCAAGGCCACAGACCCCUCGGCCAGAACCCUGUCCAUCUACAAGCCUGAUAAAGAAAUCACUGGUCAGAUACUGACCAGACGACAAGCCUCAGACCUUAUCUAGGCAUCUCACACAUUUAUUACAGCAUACAGACCUGCAUUUUUCAUACCUGAUUCACCAUAAUAUAUCUUUUUUUUUGCCUCACC